UCUUCCCUACCAAAUCGCAUCUCCAUAUUCAUAUCAAUUCAAUUCAUAAAACAUCACACAAAGUAUAUUUUUUUUCUUGUUUGAAGACCUUUUGAAUUUGAUCAUCUUCAAUGGAACAACAAACUAACAAAACCAAUGCUCCCACCAGGAAGGUUAGAUUUGCACCCAAAGCUCCUACUCGCCGAGCACCAAAGCUCGAGGUUAAAACGUAUAUAUCAUCCCGUACAUGGAUUGCAAUGCAAGGCGCCUUUUUCUUCAUUUUCAAACUUACUUUUUUUAAUCUGCUUAUGUCCACUUUAGUUUUGGUUGUUUUUUGUGUGGGUUUCAGUGAAGUGGUCGAAGACACUGAUGCUGUUCAGGCCAGGGAUUUGCUGCAGCGUUUAAAUCAAAUUUCUGCAAAGACAAAGCCUAAAGUUGAAAAGAAAGUUGCAUCUUCACAAGUUGCAUUUGGUUUUGGAGCGGGGUCAACUUCCAUAAAAACAUUUGGAGCUUCCAAAGGUAGUGUUCCUACUCCAGGUUUGAGAGAGGAGAAAGAAUACAAAGAACCAUGGGAUUAUUAUAGUUACUAUCCUGUAACCCUUCCUAUGAGGAGACCAUAUUCAGGAAAUCCUGAGUUUCUUGAUGAGGAGGAGUUUGCUUUAGCAAAUGCAACUUUCGAAGAAGAUUCAGUGGAGCCAGCAGUAGAGCUUGGUCUAAUGGAGGAGAAUUCAGAAGCAACUAUGUUCUUUAUUCAGUUACCACCAACAUUACCUAUGACAAAGCAAACAGGAAACAUAUCUGGGAAUGAAACCAAUAGCCGUUCAAAACCGGCUGCGAGUGUAGGUUCUGCAAAGAAGACACGUGGCAUAGAAGAGUUACCUGCAGGUUUCAUGGGUAAAAUGCUCGUGUAUAGAAGUGGUGCUGUCAAGUUAAAGUUGGGGGAUUCCCUUUAUGAUGUCACACCAGGUUGCAAUAGCGAGUUUUCCCAAGACGUUGUAGCUGUUAAUACUGGAAAGAAGCAUUGUUGUGGUGUUGGGGAAAUUGACAAGCGAGCUAUUUUAACCCCAGAUGUUUAUUCUGUUUUCAAUUAUUUGACUGAUCUUUGAUGGCUUCUGCUUCUUCACAUUUGAUUAGUGGUUUACACAAGAAAUUUAGAAAAUAAAAUGUCUAUUUAGCACUCAA